GCCCCGACUCAAAAAAUAAAAUAAAAUAAAAUAAAAUCAACCAAACAGAUACAGACACCUUCCUUCUUUCCAUCCCCCCUCUGCUAGAAAUUAUCAAGUAACCAUCAGCAGAGCUUUCAGACCGCAGCUUUAAUCUAAAAAAUAAUUGUGUUUAUUUUGUCUCUGACCCACAAGCAACAGCAACGAGGAGGAGAAGACGAAGGAGAAGAUGUAUCCCCACUCACACAGACAUGUCUGCUGUUUUAUCAUUAUAUUAGAUCUGUAGAGAGAGAGAGAGAGAGAGGGUUUUUUUUGUUUCUAUAAUGGAUAAAAGCUGUCAAUCCUCAGGUGAUUCUAUCAUCACCACCACAAGCACUAGUGGCUCCAGAGAUCAGUACCUGAGAAACCUCAAUAAGCUUUCUCAUAAGAUCUCUAAACCCAUCAUCACCAAGAAGCCGCCACCUCCUCCUUUUGAUCAUCCCACCUUUGAUAAUACUAAUAUUAAUGCUUCUCAAUCACAAACGCAACAGCAAUCGCAGGUCUCACAGCAGCACAAUCUGCAGGCGCAGCAGCAUCAGCCACCUGUCUAUAAUAUCAACAAGAAUGAUUUCAGGGACGUUGUCCAGAAACUCACCGGAUCUCCUGCCCACGACAGGUUCUCUACUCCUCCUCCUAUUCAACCACCUAAGCCUCCAAGCUCUCGCUUACAGCGUAUCCGUCCUCCUCCCCUCGUUCAUGUUAGCAACCGCCCGCCUCCGUUGGUAAGCAGCGCCUUCCCUCCUCCUCAUCAACCGCCUCGCGAUGCCUCCGUAAACCCUUCCAUGCCUAUCGCCACAGCGACUACCAGUUUCAUCCAACGGCCGUCAGCUCCUCUCUCACCGUUACCGCCGUUUCCGGCGGUCCACGCUGCGGCGGAGUCGCCGGUUUCUGCUUACAUGCGCUACCUUCAGAACUCGAUCUCUUCUGUCGAUUCUAAUAAUCAGUUUUCGGGGUUCUCGCCGCUAGCGCCGCUGGUUUCUCCUCGCUGGAAUAAUCCACCUACACAGCAGCUGCAGCUGCACCAGAGUCAACAGCAAUUUGCACCGCUGCAACAGGGGAUUCUUCCAUCACCGACAUCAGGUAUGUUAGUGUCACAGCCGCAGUUCCAGUUGCCAACGUCACCGCUGCCAUUUGGGUGCUUGAACUCGCCGCGAUCGGGACUGUUGCUCUCACCGUCUUCGUUUCCUCUAUCUCCGACAUUGCCGUUGUCUAGCCCAAGAUGGAGAGCUCUUUAAGAGUUUCUUCUUCAGGAAAUGAUGCUUUUGGCAAAUUCUUUCUGAGAUAUGUAGAUGGCAGAUGCGCACUUCCGUUGCCCUUUUAAAUAUUGUUGCAAUCUGGACUGCACCUUUUUGAGAAGCUUUGCUAAAUAUGGUUUGAGGUGACAUUUCAAUAGUACAUUGUGGUUGGUUAUUGAAGUAUCUUUGCCCUAUGACAAGAAUCUUCCAUUUGCGUUCAACUCCCAAAUAUAGUUUUUGGUUCUUUGGUUGGAUGCUCAUGAUAUGAGUCACCAACACUUUAGAAGUCUUAGACACACAGCAUGCAUAUAUAUAUAUAUACAUAUAUAUUAAAUUAAAUUAAGCAUUUGAUUCAUUUGUUUUCUUCAAACCCACAUUUCACAACGUUAUUGUUGAAUGCUAAUUAUUCAGUUGAUUUUUUAUACUUGAUUUGUUUCCCUUGACA